AAAAUAGAUGUCGGAGGUGUAUACCCAGUGUCUUUUUACUAACAGUAAACGAGACGUUAGGCUGUUAAUAUUGAGUGAGUUCGUUCCAUCACAUUACUUAAAGGUAGAAGCAGCAAGGAAGGAGAGGCUGCCAUUAACUUCAGCCUCAGGAUGGAUAUGAAACAGAACAUGUGUGACAUUAAUACCAUGGAGGUAAUGACUGUAACAAUUAAAGAGGAGCACUGUGAAUGGGAGUCUGUCCACUCUGAACAGGAGAGUCUCAGCGUCACGGAUGAGGAUUAUGAACAGGUGACUGUGGGCAUUAAAGAGGAGGCCGAGGAGAUGUCAAUCAUCACUGAGAUAAAGACUGAGGAACCUUCACCUGUUAGGACUCUGAAAGAUCAGCCAUCACCUUCAAAGCAGUCUGGAGAAACAUUUCUAUCUGGAUCAGAGAUUUUGAAGCCAGCCACUUUACACAGGGGUUCUCUACCUGCUUUGGAUCUAACCAGAACAAAUAAAAGGAGCGUUCAACAACAGAUGGAUGAUACUAAUGGAUCUGCUUUGUCUGUUUUACAAAAGGGGAAGAAAAAAUGUAAACCUAAUGAUAAGCAGGAGAGUCGUCCAAGAAAGAAGCCACAUUGCUGCACUGAAUGUGGUAAGCGCUUCUGCUGCAGUAGCCUGCUUGAGAAUCACAAAAGAGUUCACACUGGAGAGAAGCCAUAUUGCUGUUCGGAAUGCGGCAAGCAAUUCUCACAAAUGAGCCAUCUUCGGACCCACAAAAGAAUUCACACUGGAGAGAAGCCUUAUUGUUGUUCAGAAUGUGGCAAACGAUUCUUACAAAUGAGCUAUCUUCGCAGCCAUGCAAGAACUCACACUGGAGAGAAGCCAUAUUGUUGUACUGAAUGUGGCCAGCAAUUUGGUCAUAGUAGCAGCCUUCAAACGCACUCAAGAAUUCAUACUGGAGAGAAGCCGUAUUCCUGUCCUGAAUGUGGCAAGAAAUUCUCACAAAUAGGCAAUCUUCAAGCCCACCAAACAAUCCACACUGGUGAGAAGCCAUAUUGUUGUUCUGAAUGUGGAAAAGAAUUCUCAAGGAAAGUGAAUCUUAAGAAACACAGAAGAAUUCACACUGGGGAAAGACCAUAUUGCUGUUCUGAAUGUGACAAACGAUUCUAUAGUAGCAGCAGCCUUCGGAGACACACAAGAAUUCAUAGUGGAGAGAAGCCAUUUUGCUGUGCAGAAUGUGGAAAACGAUUCUCUAGAAGCAGUCAUCUUCAACAACACACUAGAAUUCAUACUAGGGAGAAGCAACUGCCAUUUACUGUUAAUACCGAGAUGGAUGUGAAAGAGGAGACGUGGGAGGCUGACAUAAAUACCAUGGAGACAAUGGCUGUAACUGUUAAAGAGGAGGAAUGUGAAUGGGAGUGUGUCCACCCUAAGCAAGAGAAUCUCAGCAUUAAGGGUGAAGAUUAUGAAGUGGGCUCAGUGGACAUUAAAGAAGAGGCAGAAAAGAAGUAUGUCAGCCUGGAGACGCUCGACCAUACAAGUAUGGAGGGUGUCGACUUCAACGUGAGGUCUGAGUCAUUACAGUCUGACACAAAGAGAACUGAGGAAAUUUCAUCUGUUAGAACUCUGGAAGAUCAGCCGUCAUCUUCAAAUUGGGCUGAAAGAAGAGACAAACCUCACUGCUGUCCUAAAUGUGGCAAACGAUUUCAUCAUUUAAGAAAGCUUCGGAUUCACACAAGAAUUCACACUGGGGAGAAGCCGUACAGCUGUUCUGAAUGUGGCAAACGAUUCUGCCACAAGAGUUCUCUCCAUGGACACAAAAAAAUCCACACUGGAGAGAAGCCGUAUUGCUGUACUGAAUGUGGCAAACAGUUUGCCGAAAGCAGAAGUCUGAAGAACCACACAAGAAUUCAUACUGGAGAAAAACCAUUUUGUUGUUUGGAAUGUGGCAAACUGUUUUCAGUGAAGAGCAGCCUUAAGAUACACACAAGAACUCAUACUGGAGAGAAGCCAUACUGCUGUUCUGAAUGUGGCAAACGAUUUCGUGACAGGGGUUCUCUUCGGUACCACACUAGAAAUCACACCGGAGGGGAGAUGUAUGGCUGUUCUGAAUGUGGCAAACAAUUCUCACAUAUCACCAGUCUUCAGAUUCACACCAGAAUUCAUACUGGAGAGAAGCCAUUUUGCUGUACACAUUGUGACAAGCGAUUCUGUACCAGGAGUUCUCUUCAGAAACACACAAGACUUCAUACAGGACAGGAUCUGUAUUCCUGCUCUGAAUGUGGCAAACAGUUCUCAAGAAAGAGCUCUCUUAGGAAUCACAAAUUAAUUCACACUGGAGAGAAGCCGUAUUCUUGUUCUGAAUGUGGGAAACGAUUUUCUUCAAGUAGCACUCUUCAGAACCACAAAAGAAUACACACUGGAGAAAAGCCAUAUUGCUGUUUGGAAUGUGGCAAACAGUUUUCUCAAAGAAACACUCUUCAGAGCCACACAAAAAUUCAUACAGGAGAUAAGCCGUUUUGCUGUUCAGAAUGUGGCAAGUGUUUUUCUGGAAGAAACACUCUUCAGGGCCAUAAAAGAAUUCAUACAGGGGAGAAGCCAUAUUGCUGUUGUGAAUGUGGCAAACAGUUUGCACAAAAGAACAGUCUUAGGAGGCACAAAAGAGUUCACACAGGAGAAAAGCCAUUUUGCUGUUCAGAAUGUGGCAAACAGUUUUCACUUAAGUUCAAUCUUCAGAGCCACCAAAGAAUUCACACAAAAGAAAAGCCGUAUUGCUGUCCUGAAUGUGGUAAACAAUUUUCAAUGAAGAGAGGUCUACUGGAACACACAAAAACUCAUACAGGAGAAAAACCAUUUUGCUGUUCAGAAUGUGGCAAGCAGUUUUCACAGAAGACCAAUCUUCAGAGCCACAUGAGAACUCACACAAAAGAGAAGCCAUAUUCCUGUACUGAAUGUGGUAAGCAAUUUUCAGUGAAGAAGGUUCUUCUGGAACACACAAAUAUUCAUACGGGAGAGAAGCCUUUUUGCUGUUUGGAAUGUGGCAGGAGGUUUUCACAGAGGAGCAAUCUCCGGGGCCAUAAAAGAACUCACACAAAAGAGAAGCCUCAUUGUUGUUCUGAGUGUGGUAAACAGUUUUCAGUGAAGAAGGUUCUUCUUGAACAUAUAAGAAUUCAUACGGGAGAGAAGCCGUUUUGCUGUUCAGAAUGUGGCAAGCGGUUUUCACAAAGGAGCAAUUUUCUGACCCACAAAAGAGUUCACAGUGGCUCCACCACCACCACCACCACGAACAGACAAGACCACACAAGAAAAUGAAAGAAUUGGACAGUUACCAGUGUUCAGUUAAAAAUGAAGAUGACCUCAUGUAGAGCUACUGUUAUACGACGAGUCCAGAGUUUUAAAAUAAAGCAUAUGCCAGAAGGACUUGCACAAAACUGAAAUAUAUCAAAGUAAACUUUAUACCUAAGUUAAGUAAAAUAAGCAAUUCAAGCCUAAGAGCUGCAAUUGGAAUAAUUAAUGAACGAAAGCAAAAAAAGUCAAGAGUGUUUAGAAUAUCUAAAGAGGAAAAACGAGCAGAAUUGAUACCAUCUAGGGUUGUAACGGCACCUGUAUUUGUACUGAACCAUCACCGCAUGGACGUUACAGUUUGGUCCGUGCAGUCGUACAGAGAAUAUGCGGCGACUGUGGAAGGAUUGAGUAAUGCAGUGUGGAACCAAAUUUACUAUAAUGAGUUUCACAUGGAAACGGUAUGCUUUUAGCAAGUUGAGCCACAAGCUGAUAGACGUCUCACAAAAUCAGUCACACUAUGGCAAGGGUAAACACCACAGAUGCUUCUUUUAACACUAGGAUUACCAGAGUCUACGAAAAAACUCGUAGAUCCGGCCCACCUUAAAACCGUUCUCACCUCUCUUUUGUCUUCUAAAUGUGCCGAUUAAGAGGAGCAGCGAGCAGCCGGCUAUUCCAUCCCCCACCGUUGCAGAACGUUCACUAAGUUUUCCCAGCUCAUGCCUUGUUUGAUUAUCUGGGAGUGACUGAACUGCUGGAGUUUUAGAAUGGAAAUAAUAGAUCACUAUUUGGAAUACAUGCAUUUCAUGCGUGUUCCGUUUCUACAGUAAUCUGUGUAAUCACAUUGCUAAAACAGAAACUUUUUCAUAUUUUAGUAAUAAAUGUUACAAAAUGUAGGCAUAAACUAUAGAA